AAUCCAUUCUCACCUCUCUUCCUCUACACCCAGAAAAAAUAAAAUCAAAAUUUAAAAAAAAAUGAAAAAAAAUGAGAAAAAGCAAAAGCAUGAUCCAUUUGAGAAAAUAUGCAUACUCCAUUUUUCUACAACCACCUACUACUCUUUCUUCCUCUCCUUCACCAAACUCCAUGGCUGAGAAUACAGUUGAAUAACACCAUUACUGCUCUCCUUUCUCUCUCUGUGUCAGGUUCUCGUCUCUCUUUCCCUUAAAAGACAUGACUCCCUCUUUUUGUUUAUCUUCUUCAAGAAACGCUACUACUGCUUCUGCAGCAUCAGAUUUUCUUCUGCAUAACCACCAUUUCUAUCUUCCCAGAUACCGUUAUUCUCUGUUCUCAAAUGAAGCUCAACUGCCCAGAAAAGAAAAUACCUCAUUCAAGCCUUACAAACCUUUUCUUGCAAAUUUGAGGCUCAAAAGCUCCAACUUUUCUCACACUUUUGCUAGUCUUUCCUCUUUCGCAGAAGCCGAAGGUGGAGGAGAACAUAAAGAAGGAAUAACAGUCGAUGAUCAUCACAACCAUGUCAAAGCAGCCGAAGAACAAAAUGAAGAAAACUUGCCCGGAAUGGCUCAGGCUUUUAACAUAUCUUCAAACACUGCCACAGCCAUCUCCAUAUGCAUGGCCUUUGCGGCUCUGACUCUGCCCUUGUUCAUGAAGACUUUGGGGCAAGGCCUGACAUUGAAGACCAAACUGUUGUCUUAUACUACUCUUUUGUUUGGAUUCUACAUGGCUUGGAAUAUUGGGGCCAAUGAUGUGGCUAAUGCCAUGGGGACUUCGGUGGGUUCUGGCGCAUUGACACUUCGGCAGGCCGUUUUGACUGCCGGAGUGUUGGAGUUCUCAGGGGCAUUGAUGAUGGGAACACAUGUGACUAAUACUAUGCAAAAAGGUAUCCUUGUUGCUAAUGUGUUUCAGGGCAAGGAUUCUCUGCUCUUUGCUGGUUUGCUAUCUUCUCUUGCUGCUGCUGGAACAUGGCUCCAGGUAGCAUCAUAUUUCGGGUGGCCUGUCUCUACUACACACUGUAUAGUAGGAUCAAUGGUUGGAUUUGGACUUGUCUAUGGAGGAUCUGGUGCAGUCUUCUGGAGUUCGUUGGCAAGGGUGACAUCUUCGUGGGUAAUCUCACCAUUAAUGGGGGCAGCUGCGUCUUUUCUCGUUUACAAAUGCAUCCGAAGGUUUGUGUACAGUGCUCAUAAUCCUGGAGAAGCUGCAGCAGCUUCAGCACCAAUUGCGGUAUUUAUGGGAGUUACAGGAAUCUCAUUUGCAGCCUUUCCACUUAGCAAGGUUUUCCCUGUGGCUCUGGCUCAGGCUCUUGCCUGCGGAACUGCAGGAGCAGUCCUAGUUGAUAGAAUCAUCCGAAAACAGCUUGGUCAUCUCAUAGAAAAGGCACACUCAUCAGAAGAAGAGUCCAAAGAGGACACCCCACAAAACAAGUCUAUAGGCUUUCUCUCUGACAUAGCCGGUCCAAAGGGCACCCAAUUGGAGAUAGUUUAUGGUGUGUUUGGAUACAUGCAGAUCCUCUCAGCCUGCUUCAUGUCAUUUGCGCACGGCGGAAAUGAUGUCUCCAAUGCCAUAGGUCCUUUAGCUGCUGCCCUUUCUAUACUCCAUGGCGGUAGCAGUGGAACAGAAAUCGUUAUUCCCAUGGACGUUCUUGCAUGGGGAGGCUUUGGCAUCGUUGCUGGUCUUAUGAUGUGGGGUUACAGAGUUAUAGCAACUAUUGGAAAAAAGAUUACAGAGCUAACACCAACUAGGGGGUUUGCAGCUGAGUUUGCUGCAGCCUCAGUGGUUCUAUUCGCCUCAAAACUGGGGCUACCAAUCUCAGCCACACAUACUUUGGUUGGUGCAGUCAUGGGAGUUGGGUUUGCCAGAGGGCUUAACAAUGUGAGAUCAGAAACUGUGAGAGAGAUUGUCCUUUCUUGGGCGGUAACUAUUCCUGUUGGUGCUUUGUUUUCUGUUAUCUACACAUGGAUCUUGACCAAGCUUUUACCUAAUAUUUUAUGAGUUUAUACAAUUGGAACAUUGGAGUGAUGGACAUCAUAUGUAACGUGGCUAUUUGAAAAAUACCCACCUUUGUUUUUUUCCACCCAAUUCUUUUUUUUUUCUUCUUUUGAUUUGAUAGUAUGAUUUCCUCCGGUUGGAAAUCUAUGUUAUCAGGAACCAAAGUAAUUUUUAACUUAAGUCCUGUCAAGCUUUUACAGUGA